AUGCAGAACGAACAGCUAAACGAAUUUACUCCAGCAGAGCAUAUUCAUCAGAUUCGCUCAUAUUUCGAUAUCAUAGACAAUGCAGUUCAAAUUGGUGACACUAAUAGAAAAUAUUCUGACGCAAAGAUUCCAUCACAACCUGGAACUGCUAAAGAUAACACAUGGGUAACAUUCAAUCUCUCACCUCCUGGUGAAAAUAUGUUGGACCUUUACAAUACAUUCAUUACGUAUAAAAUGGAAGGUCAAUUUAUUGUAGAUAAAGAAAUUGGUUCAGGUUCCAAUAAAACAAACCCACCAGGAUUUUGGAUUGGUUUCGAUGACGCUUUCUAUGCAGUUGCUGGAUAUCAAAUCCUUGCAAAUGGUCGUAUCGUAUAUUCUCAAGACAACGCAAGAGAAGAAGCAUAUAUAACUUCAAACUCACAAACUACCGAACAAAUAAAGAAAGUCGAUGUUUUCUCAAAGACUCGACAUGAAGAUGUAUGGAGUCAUUCGGGAACAUGCAGAACAGGACAAAUUGUUAGUGGUCCAAUUACAGCAGGAAAAUCAUUUGAUUUUAAGCUUCGUUUAA